UCUCUCUGGAUAUCAGAAAACAUACACUGUGUGCAUGCUAAUUGAAUCUGAGCAUCACCGGAGUAUUUUCAAAUUUUCUGAAUUGUUUCAAGCCCACUCUACAACUCCAACACUAUGGAUCCAAGACUCGAAGAAGCAUGCCAUACUGGAAACCUGUCCAUGUUUCGUAGCCUUCUCCAUGAAGACAAGCUCCUUCUUCACAGGUUCAGCAGCAGCAUCACUGCUUCCAUUGACAAUCCACUCCAUAUUGCAGCUUCACUUGGGCACACUGACUUAGCAAAUGAGAUCAUCAUUAGAAACCCUGAUCUUUCUUCAGAUCUCAACCCAAAAGCUCUCUCAGCACUUCACUUGGCUUCAGCUCACGGUCACCUAGAAAUAGUUAAACUCUUGAUCUCAAAGGUUGGUUGUCAUCUUUGUUAUUUGAAAGACAGGGAUGGAAGGUUGGCCAUCCACAUUGCAGCCAUGAAAGGCAGGAUUGAUAUUUUGGAAGAACUCAUAAAGGUAUGUCCAGAGUCAGCAAAAGCACUGACAUAUCAACAUGAAAGCAUCCUCCACAACGCCGUUCAGUUCAACUCCUUUGAAAUCAUUGAGUUCCUAAUCAAGAAGCUUGAAGUUGAUGAUAAUAUUAAUGAACUUUUCAACCUCAAAGAUGACAAGGGCAACACCAUCUUACACCAUGCAGUAGCCAGAAGACAACUCCAGAGUGUGAAGCUGUUGUUAAGCAAAGGAGAGUUGGCAGAAGUGAACACCAUGAACCACAAGGGUUUGACUGCACUUGACGUGCUGCUAGACUCACCGAGAGAGCAUGGUGACUUGACACUUGGUGAAGUGAUACGCGCGGCCGGUGGCAAAAUAGCAAGGGAAAUGGAUCCUCAGCAAACAUUUUUGGAAACCAACACAUCAAGAAAUGAGUCUAGUGGUACUACUACUACUCCUUCAAGAAGCUGGGUACGCAGACUAUUUGGAGGCCGACGCCGCACUAUACUCCAACGAAGGACUAAGAAACAAGCAGAGGUUAAAGAUAAGUUCACUCCUGGGCAACUAAUGGUUGUGGCCGCCCUGAUCGCCACCAUUACCUUUCAGGCAGGAUUGAACCCUCCUGGUGGAUUCACACAAGACAAUGAUAAUACCACUGCAACCAACAAUAAUAACAACAGUAUUGAUAGAUCACCACCUCCCGGGGUUGCGGUUCUUGGGUCAAAGCUAAGCAUCUUUUUGUUGUGCAAUUUGAUUGGUCUCUUUGCUUCAUUUAGCAUAAUCCUUAUACUGAUAUGCACUCGGCCAAGUAAAAAGAAGAUGAUGAUGAAGGUACUGAUUGUGUUCAUGUGGGUUGCUGUCUUCUCCACGGCCCUGGCUUUUUCUGCAGGUAUAUUCCAGAUUUUCCCUGACUCUAACCCGAAGAAAUUAAGAUUUUUUGCGAUGAGUUGGUUUUUAAUAUUGGCGAUCUUCAUGUCGUGGGUGUUUUUGUUGGUUGUUGUGUAUUUGUUCCGGAUGGUGGGUUGGUGUAGAAAGAAGGAAGGAGAUAAAGUAAGUAACAUUGUGAGAAAUGGAGGAUAUCUACUUUGGUGCACGAGAAUUGGAGUAGUGAUGAUUAUACUGUUGCUCUUGGCUUUCCUUGUUCUUUCCUACUUAAUAUGCCUAGUGAUAUCUUUUCUAUUUUAAACGAGAGAUGCUAUAUAUAUAUAUAUAUAUGUUAUUUGUGAUUAAGUUGUUUUUCUGUGGGGGAAAUGGAGGGGGCACAUGAACGUGUUUGUUUGAAUAUUAGGAACAUAAGAAAUGCGGCCAUGCAUGUAAGCUCAUAGCUGGCUACAUGGUGAUGUAACCAUAUCUUGAUAUAU